AUGAGUACCAAGCAGUUCGUGGACCAGCAGAUUGAAUCUUCCAAAGUCGUCGUUUUUGCCAAGUCUGACUGCCCAUAUUCUCAGAAGGCGAAAGCUGCCCUGGAAGGCUUACAUCUCAAACCAGACGCGCUGAAUUAUGUAGUUAUCGAUGAACGACCUGACUUUCAGGAAAUCAAGGAUUAUUUGAAG